AUGUCAGUGUUUUCUGGUGGUCUGUCUAUCAAGGAUGAAGAGGUGUUGAAGAAGAAUUGCCCACACAUUGUCGUGGGGACUCCUGGCCGAAUUCUAGCUGUGGCUCAAAAUAAGAGCCUGAACCUCAAACACAUUAAACACUUUAUCUUGGACGAAUGUGACAAGAUGCUUGAACAGCUCAACAUGCGUCGGGAUGUCCAGGAAAUUUUUCGCAUGACCCCCCAUGAGAAGCAGGUCAUGAUGUUCAGUGCUACCUUGAGCAAAGAGAUCCGCCCUGUCUGCCCCAAGUUCAUGCAAGAUCCUAUGGAGAUCUUCGUGGAUGACGAGACCAAAUUGACGCUGCACGGGUUGCAGCAAUACUACGUGAAACUGAAGGACAACGAGAAGAACCAGAAGCUCUUUGACCUUCUCGAUGUCCUCGAGUUCAACCAGGUGGUGAUCUUUGUGAUCGUGCAGCACUGCAUCGCCCUGGCCCAGCUUCUAGUGGAGCAGAACUUCCCAGCCAUUGCUAUCCACCGUGGGAUGCCCCAGGAGGAGAGGUAGGUUAGAGGCUCUCGGUAUCAGCAGUUCAAGGAUUUUCAGCAGAGGAUUCUUGUGGCUACCAACCUGUUUGGCCGAGGCAUGGACAUUGAGCGUGUGAACAUCGCUUUCAACUAUGACAUGCCAGAGGACUCAGACACCUACCUGCACAGGGUGGCCAGAGUGGGCCGGUUUGGCACCAAGGACUUGGCCAUCACGGUUGUGUCAGACGAGAACGAUGCCAAGAUCGUGAAUGAUGUGCAAGACCAUUUUGAGGUCAACAUCAGUGAGCUGCCACAUGAGAUUGACAUUCCCUCCUACAUUGAGCAGACACGGUAGAGGAUUCAUCCACUCUGGACUGUGGCAGUCUGUUGUAGAAGAGGACACAGGGGUCAGGAGGAAACACUAGUGGCCACCCCUGACGCCUCGGCCCACCCUGUCUAUGCUUCUCUGUCACCACCACUCCUAAACCUAGUCCUGAUUUAUCAGAGUUGUUUGUUUGUUUGUUUUUGUUUUUUUAACAAAACUAAGAGUAAAAUAGCUGUGUCUGUGGU